AUGCCAGCCACACGCACGCGGGCGUCGCGUAAGCAUCUUACAGAGUAUCAAGGAUGGCCCAAAGGCAUAUAUCCCAUGAGCGACGGCUGGGUGCCACCAUGCUAUCCGAAAGAAGAGGAGCUGAUUGAGUACGAAGAGAAAAUGAAGGCCCGAAAGAAGGCGACGUUGGUGAAGCGUCACCUUUGCCUCAAGGAGCCUCAGCUACAGCGCCUUUCCAAGCGAGGCUUUGCCCAGAAAAGUGAGUACUCCAUGCUGGCCUACGCUAUCGCGGAGGGUGAAUACUCUGGCGAAGGCGAUGAUCGGAGUUACUUCAUCAUCGUUUUCUACGAGCCUGGCAAGAAGAGCAAGGUUGAGCGUGCGUUCAAGUCCGUGGGCGCAGCGCUGGCCGACUACGAGCAGGUGGUGGUCGAUCCUGAUUCCAAAAUGGAGCAGGAGGAGAAGUUCAUGUACGCGCACGGAGCAGGCGAGCCUGGAGAGUGCAUUAUGGGCGAGUAUGAGUAUCAAGUGGUGCCCAAAGGAAGCCCCGAGUAUGAUGACCCUUGGGGUCCCACACACCCAGAAGGCAGAUUCUGGGAGUGA